AUGGUCCCCCAAAAGCCCAGAGACGGCCCUGGUCGCCCCUCUCGGACAGCUGCACGCUGGAGCUUCCUCCCCAAAUUUUUGUCCAUCGCCUCGCUGCUUGCCCGCCCGCCUCUUUUCUGCCACCAUCCUGCAUCUCAUCACUCUUCCCUUCCACCUCUUCGCCGAUUGACUCUUUUUGCGCUUCACAAUCUUCUUCCCGCCGACCUUGAUUCGUGCAGUUACAGACAGCCAUUUUUAAUAUCCCAGCUCUUCAUUUCUGCGCUGCAGGUUCAUUCCACCACUGCUGAUUCAACUCGACCCUUUCGAAUCAAGACCGCUUCUCUCCGCCUUUUCUCACCUACCACCUAA